UCUCAAAUUCGUUGGAAGCAAAUCUCCCCGCUAACUGAAAAUUUUGAUUGCCGGAAUUUUAAUCCACCAGUGAAAAGCCGAGCCGCCGACACGUUUUAACCCGGCACGCGCGGCGCGAGUUGCGAUCCCCCCAAAUCAGGCAACUCAAAAACCAAAGCAAAUCCAAUUUCACCAGUAAACUCCCUUUCCUUUCGCUCCAAAAGAAGUUGAAUAAAAAUAAAAGAAAAAUCAGAGGCUGAAAAACCCUAACCCUAAACCUAGAUUUUCUUCCAAUUAGUUUUCGAUGGCUAGCGACACCCCAGAUUCUCAUCGCCGAAAGCACCGUCGUUCUCCGUCCGACGACGAGGAAACUGAUAAAUCCUCGAAGCGUCACAAGCAUCGCCACCACAAACACCGUCACCACCGCCACCGCAGCAAGAAGCACGAAGACGAGGGCAAAGAUGGUGUCGAAGAUCCCCUCCCUCUUCCCCCUUCGGUUCCUCGACCUGAUGAUGACGUCGAGGAAGGAGAGAUUCUUGAUGAGGAACCGGCGGCUGAAAUCAGGGUCGUUGAAUAUCGUGAAGGCCUUGGUGUUCCCAAUCCGGGAGUUGGUGAAAAUAGUAAUUUUGUGGAUGAGCAAGUAAGGCAGAGUGGUGACAGCAGUGGUGAGAAGAAUCAAAAUCAGGUUGGAUUGUCUAGAAAUUUAAGUGUUGAGUCUCAAGGAGAAUUAGCCUCUAGAGUUGUCCCUGAUAGUCAUAUCAAUGGGGAUUUCCCUUCUAAAUAUAAUGUAGAGGAUGGAAGGCGGCAUGGGCAGUCUAGGUCGCCUUCAAGAAGUGGCAAGAAAAAGAGUUACCAUGAGGAUGUUGAAGAGGCCAAUGACAGGAAGCCAAGUGACAUGACAAAGUCAUUGUCCUCUGAAAGUUCUGGGGAAAAGUACAAGAAAUCAGCUAGCUCACCUUUUGAUUUGAGAGAUCAUGAGUAUACUAGGAGUAGAUCUGAGUCAGAUGAUCUUGCUAGAGAAAGGUCACGUUCCCAAAGCAUUGUAGAUGAGGAGGCUCUUUUGAAAAGAAGCUGCCACCAUGAACGAGAUCCUAGUCGGGAUGGACGACACGGUAGUAGAAACCCUUUAAGGGGUGAUGAUAGGGAACGAAGUGUCAGUUAUGGCAGAUAUGUAGGCGAAAAAAGGCAUCAGAGUAUGGAGACACGGGGUAGUGAAAGGAGCAGGGAGAGGGAGAUAGACAGGGAACGAAGAAGGGAGAAGGAGCGUGAAAGAAGCAGAGAGAGGGAGAUGGAUAUUGAAUGGAGAAGGGACCGGGACAAGGACAGAGAUAUUGAUGGUGAGAGGAGAAGGGAGAAAGAGCGAGCAAGGAGCAGAGAUAGAGACAUGAGUGGUGAAAGGAGAAGGGAGAAGGAGCGAGAAAGGAGUAGGGAUAGAGAACUGGACGGUGAAAGGAGAAGGGAGAAGGAGCGAGGGAAAAGCAGGGAUAGGGAUCUAGAGAGUGGAAGGAUAAGGGAGAAGGUGCUUGAUAGGAGCUGGGAUAGGGAAUCGGAUAGAGAUAGGAACCGGAAGAAGGAAAGGGAUUGGAGCAGGGAUCGUAGUAAAGCUAAUGACAGAGAAAGAGAUAGGAACAAGGAAAAAAAUGAAGAAUGGAACCAAGAGCGAGAGAGGGAGAGGAGAAGUGACAGGAGUAGGGAUAAAGGGAGGGACAUGGAGAUUGAAAAUGAUGGCUAUAGCGAUCGAGAUAGGUAUAAGAAUUAUAAGCACCCGAAACGUGAUGAAACUGAAACUUACCGGGACAGAAUAAGGAAGAAUGAAACAGAAAAGGUUUAUGGUUCUAACAGUGAUCCAUUGGCAGGAGAUGCAGAUAAAAUAAAAAGAGAUAAAGAGGAGCAAGAUGAUUUUGAAGAAAGGAUUGCAUUAAAACUUGCUGAACAAGAAGAGGAUGAACUCAGUAGGAUUAAAGAGGAAAGUAGGAAGCGAAGACAAGCCAUUUUAGAGAAAUAUAAGAAUCAGCAUUUACAGCAGCAGACUCUGUCUCAUUUAGAGGAUGUGAAUAAAGAUAAUGAGCCUGUAGAGAACUGCGGGCAAACAGCCGAUGGUGGUAACGCUGGUCCAGAUGUUCUUGGUGGUGGACAUGAAGAUCUCAUUGUUGCUGACCCAUCACUGUCAGUUAGGAAGUCACCUCCAGAAAAUGGGCAUGCUGCCGCUGAGAGGACAUCUGGUGCUGCUGGGCUUGGUGAGGGUACCCCAAAGAGUGAGAGAUCAGAUGAUAUUUUCUGUGAUGAUAUAUUUGGGGAAACACCUACUGGAGUUCGUAAAUCGGGUAAAGGUGAUGGCUUGCCGGUUAUAAGGAGUGGUCUUCAUGACAAUUGGGAUGAUGCAGAAGGAUAUUAUAGCUAUCGGUUUGGUGAGCUACUUGACAGCCGAUAUGAAGUGACUGCUGCUCAUGGCAAAGGUGUUUUUUCAACUGUUGUACGUGCAAAGGAUCUUAAGGCUGGUACUAGUGAUCCUGAAGAAGUGGCUAUAAAGAUCAUUCGUAAUAAUGAAACAAUGCACAAGGCUGGUCAGCUGGAGGUUCAAAUAUUGAAAAAAUUGGCAGGUGCAGAUCCAGACAAUAAGCGCCAUUGUGUUUGUUUUCUUUCAAGUUUCAAGUACAGGAAUCAUCUCUGUUUAGUUUUUGAGUCGCUUCACAUGAACCUGCGCGAAGUUCUCAAGAAGUUUGGUCGCAAUAUUGGUCUUAAACUAACUGCUGUCAGAGCAUAUGCUAAGCAACUUUUUAUUGCACUUAAGCAUCUCAAAAACUGUGGUGUUCUUCAUUGUGAUAUAAAGCCUGAUAAUAUGCUGGUAAAUGAGGCAAAAAAUGUGCUGAAGCUUUGUGAUUUUGGUAAUGCCAUGUUUGCUGGUAAAAAUGAAAUUACACCAUAUCUUGUAAGCCGCUUUUAUCGUGCCCCAGAAAUAAUUCUUGGUUUGCCUUAUGAUCAUCCAAUGGAUAUAUGGUCUGUUGGUUGCUGUUUGUAUGAGCUUUAUACUGGAAAGGUUCUUUUCCCUGGUCCUACAAACAAUGACAUGCUACGCCUUCACAUGGAGCUAAAAGGUCCUUUUCCGAAGAAGAUGCUGCGUAAGGGGGCAUUUACAGAACAACACUUUGAUCAAGAUCUGAAUUUUCAUGCUACAGAAGAGGAUCCUGUGACUAAAAAGACUAUAAAGAGGAUGAUUCUUAACAUGAAGCCAAAAGAUAUGAACUCAAUUAUUGUUGGCUUUCCUGGUGAGGAUCCCAAGAUGGUAGCCAACUUCAAAGACCUCCUAGAAAAAAUUUUCGUGUUGGAUCCAGAGAAGAGAAUGACAGUAACACAGGCAUUGGCUCAUCCAUUCAUCACGGGCAAGUGAAACAUGUUGCUGAUUUUAUGACUCCAGAAAUGUGUUGCGCUAGAUAUUUGUACAUUAUGACCUAACUGAUAUUUAGAUAUCUAAUCUUUGGGAAUUGUCUGUCUUUAUCUUCUCUGUGCUGGACUAAGAGCUUUGGACACAGUUUCUGGCGUGGUUGAAGUCAAAGGGUGAUGUUUGGUCAGGAGUGCUCUUUACUGGCGAUUCUUUCAGUGGAAUGUACUUUUUCUAUUGAUAUCUGCCACUGCUUUGAGGCAACCCUCCAGUGCUUAAAUGCUUAAAAGGCACCCAGGAGAAGCUUGAAGGGAAAGUCCAUCUCAGGUGUAAAACCUGUGCCUCCCACCCCUUGUAAGUAUUUUUCAAUAUCAUCAUCUCAGCAUUGUCUAUAUUGCACGUUUUCAGGAAUGCAUCAGUGGUGUUCCUUUCUUAAAUGUUCUGGAAACUUGGUGUGACUCAUGCUUUAAAAUCUGUCUUAUUAAUUCUCAAAGCCAGACUUAUCUCUCCAUAACUUGAGAUUUUAACUUUGUACCUGUCUUAUUUGCCCUCGAAUUUCCUUGAAUAGGCUGAGCCAGUUUAUUACUCAUGGCUGAAAAUCCUUCUGUAAAACUUAGGUGGUGUACCAAUAAAAUUAGUGCUGCAAAGUCACAAGAGGCUCAUCAACUUAGCUUUUUUCCUUGUAAGGUCUUAUUGUUUACUCAUUAGGCUUGGAUAGAUGAUCUGGUUUUAGUUUAUUGAUUUUAAUUUUAGUUCAUAAAUGAACAAGGAAAUGUGUCUUUCAAUUUUAUCAUCUUGUUUCUGGUACUUGUUAAUUUUAGUCUAUGAUUUGUUCAAUCUUUUUCCGCUUGGGACCUUUUUAAUUUCAAAGGUUGUCAGUUAGAGUAUUGUUGAUGAGUUUUUAAGUGUGUGAUCUUCUUGAAUGUAUUGCUGGGGAUUUUUUUGAGCUUCUGGAAAAGCAACUUAGAAUCCUAAGAGCCUAAGAGCAAGAGAAUUCUCGAUUUGAAUGUAGAUGUCUUGCCGAGGUACUGUGGUGCACCUCAAGGGAAGGUAAUAAUAGUUAAGGUUUAAUUUGAUUGCUGAAUAGCAUUUUAAAACAAAUAGACUUUUUUUUUUUCUGUUGCCAAAAAAAAAGUGAAGGAAAUUUUAUUUACAUAUUCUCUUUAUUUUCUUGUAAGGAACAGUAUUGCAAUAUAUUAUUCUUAUCUAGGAUUGCUAUACAAUCAGGUAUGAAUAUAGGGUUGUGAUAUGAUGGGUUGGUUAAUGCACACAGGCUGGCUUUGUAUGAGGCCCUCCCUAUUUCAAUGGAAGGGGGAAGUCGCUGUUUUCAUCUUUUGUCACUGUAAUGGAGUCUAACCUUCAUUUCUUGUUUCGCUCUUUGAUUUCUUGUUCUUUAUUGUUCUUGUUUUUCUCUCUCCCUGUUUUUAUCUUGUUUUACCUGUGGUUUCUGUCCUUUUUUUUAAAAAAAUUUUUUUUCUGUACUUUGUUGAUCUUGUAAACUUGUGAGAUGGAAGCUAAAUCUAUGAUUGGUUUUUAAUCAGACAAUGGUGAUCCGGGUUGGCUGGUUGGGAAACACUAUUUCUUUCUGUUCUGUAUGGAGCCUGAUAGUUUAGAUUGACCAGUGAGUACCGUGAUUACCUGUUUCCAAUUGUAUGAUGAUAAUUCGUAUGACAUUGAUUUGCGUCUUUUACUAUUUUUAAGUUGAAUCCAAGUGAGUCCAUCAUAUCUUGUGUUACUUUAUGGUUUAAUAUGUUGAAAUGAUACUUGAAAUUUAAGAGCACUGCUCUGUUAAAAGUGUCAUUAGAUUGCUCUUGGUUCGAUUACAUGUUUUGGGUGUCCAGCGGAUAAUUUGACUAUUAGUGUAACCUUUUUUGGUGGGGUGGGUGUGGAAUCAGGAUACAUGGUGGGUGUAGGGUGGUUUUAGGUUAGUUUAAACUUUGAGAGGUAGCUUAGCUUAUAUUAGUUGGAGUUCUUGCUGCUGUGAGGUUGUGAUGUAUGCCAACCUGAAUGAGCUGAAAUUCACUCCACCCUCCCAUUCAUGGCUCUCCUAUGAGGAAAGGUUACUGAAUUGAUUAUCCUGUCAUUAUGGGUAAACGGCUUUUGUGUUGUUGCUUGUAAGUUUACAAUUCUGUACUUGUAUACAUUCUAGAUCAUUAAUAUCUUAUUAUUUUGGAAGCAAUAAUGAUGUUGUAAAUCAUACUGUUAGUAUGAGUUCAUCAGAAAUCAUAUUUUAUUGUUUGUUUGUUUGUUUUUCCUUAA